AAAAGAAUAAGGAAAAGAACCUAAAAAAGGCUUUAAAACUCUGAGAGUCGCCGAUCCAAUUCUUCAUCUUCUUCUUCUUCUUCCACACUGCAAUUUAUUUAUUUAGGAAUUAGAUAAACACAGUAUUGUUAAUUCUUUGCCUCCUCCUUCACUCCAGCUUUUCAAACACACAAAUCUUCUCUGCGACGAUACUUCCUCUCUCAAAGGUUUCUCUAUAAUGGCGACACCCACUCAGGAAGCAAUCGACACCUUCAUGAGCAUCACCGGCGCUUCCAAUGCCGUCGCCGUUCGGAAGCUUGAGGAAUAUCGUGGGAAUCUCAAUAGAGCUGUGAAUGCAUACUAUAAUCACGGACAUCAAAAUUCACUAUAUGAAAAUCCAGCUAAUAUCCCUCAGGGUGAUGCAAUGGAUAUAGAUGGUGAUGUGACUCCAGCACUCUCAGAAGCUAGAACCACGGUCCCCUUCCCGCGCCGGGAUUCUCCGAUGCCACCUCUUCCAAGAGGGGUCAGGCAGAUACCUAUAGAGGUUAAGGACAGCACUGGGCCAUCUGGUCGAUCAAAUGACAUAGAAGAAGAAAUGAUUCGAGCUGCUAUUGAGGCCUCAAAAAUGGAGACUGGGGUACCAAAGAAUCAGUCGCCUGAAAAUGAUCACUCUCGCAUGGAAGAUGAUGUUGACGUAGCAAAAUCUGUCACAGUGCAGUCAGCAGAGGAAGAAGUGUUGUUGCGCAGUGAAGGUUGGAAGGCUUCAUCCUCAGAAAGAGAAACCUCUGAAGUUCUUUCUAUUCCAGGACAGCAGAGUACCCGAGCCUCAAAUGGAAGACUCGCAGCACCUAGCUCACUGUCUGACGAUGAUGAUGACGAGGAUUAUGAUGAUGAUGAUGACGACGAUGAAGAUGAAGAUGAUGAUGAUGACGACGAUGACGAUGAUUAUGACCCUGAUUAUGUUGACGAGGAACUCAUUGAACCCCGUGUUAGGCACAGACCAAGACGUGCGGUUUCUGGAUCUCGGGCCCCACGUAAUGAUGAUCGUCCCCAGAGCCCUGAAGCAGAAGAUGCAGUUAUUCAUUCACCUGAUGCUGGCAAUGGUUUUCCUUCUGAGUGGGGAGGCAUUUCGUCUGAGGAACAUGAUGAAGCUGUCAUGCUAGAGGCGGCCAUGUUUGGAAGCAUUCCUAAUAGUGAAUAUCGUGUUCCUUAUGCACCAUCUUAUCCGCAAAGGACACAGCGUCCACCCUCACCGUCAUUGACAGCUCAAAGGUUGAUUCGAGAACAGCAGGACGAUGCGUAUCUUGCAUCGCUGGAAGCUGACAGGGUAAAGGCUGAGGCUCGUCGAUUGGCAGAAGAAGCUGCUAGAGUAGAAGCUCUUGAAGAAGAAAAGAGAAAGGAGGAAGAAGCUCGCAGGAAGGUCGAAGAGGAACAGGAGCUGGAGAGGCAAUUAGUUACCAAGGAAGCGUCUCUGCCUCAGGAGCCACCAGCAGGCGAAGAGAAUGCCAUUACACUUCAAGUCAGAUUGCCAGAUGGCACCCGCCAUGGUCGCCGGUUCCUUAAAUCCGACAAACUCCAAUCACUUUUCGACUUUAUGGACAUCUGUAGAGUUGUGAAGCCCAACACUUACAGGCUGGUAAGGCCUUUUCCACGGCAUGCUUUUGGCGAUGGGGAAUGCUCAUCGACUCUAAACGAUGUAGGUUUAACGAGCAAACAAGAAGCAUUGUUCUUGGAGCUGAUCUAAAAUUGGUAUUCUAUUGGGGUUUAUAUAACUUAUUCUUUAGUUCUCUUCUUAUUUUUCUUCAUAGAAGUUGUUACUCUUAUUGUUUUAUUGAAUAUUGAAUCCGAGGCUGGCUUUUAUAGGAAAGGUUUCGUUUUCGCCGAUAUGCA